UCUUAGAGUUUGAGACUAUCCACUCCCCUCCCAAAAACCCAAAUUUCUCUCUCCCCCGAAGCUGCGAGAAAAAAAAAAAACGUAUCCGGAAGAAUACGAACCAGAAUAUAACUGAAAACCCUAACCCUAGCCGCGGUUUUAUCCACUUCUGAUUUCUGACCUCGCGGGCUAGCUACAUCUUCCUAGUUGAGAUUGAUUGAAGACCGAGUCUCGGAACAUAGGUCUAAGGGUUUCUUGUUCACGGAAAGCUGCAUGCGAGGAGGAAUUGCGGCUCAGGUCGAUUUCAAUUGGGAAUUAGAAAUUACUUGUUUUUCGACUAUGGAUUGUUUGUGUGGUUAUUGUCGGUGAUGACCGGAGGGAGAUGUCACCGGCGGAAGAAGAUGAUGGGUAGGGGUGCGGUCGGAGGUUGUGGUACUGAGGAGAGGUCUGGUCCGGUUUCUAGGGUUCCGGUGAAAAUCCCGGCGACUCUACUGGAGGUUUCAGAGAAGACGUUAUCGUCAGCUCAUGUCGAUUUCUUUUCACAAGCUAAGAAGUCUUUGUGUUUGCGGUCUCCGUUUGAUAAUUCCGAUGAGGCUUUGUCAUCGACUGUGCCCACUCUGCCAGGUGGUUUGGCUUGGUUUUUGUCGAGGCAGUCGGAUAGUCGGAGACGGCACAAGAAGUCUCAUUCGGGUGCGGAGAAGAAGAAGUCUUCUCGGCCCAGUGAAAAAUCCAAAACCUCUAACAUUUGGAUUGAAACUGAAGAAUAUUUCAGGGACUUGACAAUGGCGGAUAUAGACGCGUUGUCAGAGGUAUCUUUGCUAAGUACUUCAGCUACUUGUAAGUAUUUCUUGAUUCCGGAUUUGAGAAAUGCUAGGGGAGAACAUGCAGAUGGUUGUAGUGAAGAGAAGGUGAAGUUCAUCAAUGAAAAUAAAAAUUUCGUUAGAGAUGAGAAUGUUAAUACUGGACAUGCAAAUGAAAAUGAUAUAGAAAACGAGAGCGCUAAUGAUGCAAAGAAACAUGAGAUUGUGAAUGAGGAGGUAAAAUUAGAGGAGGAGGAAGACGAUGAGCAAUCUAUGGAAAUCGAUAGCGUGGUAGAUAAUGACAUGCCCCAAGAGGAAACGAGUUCUUUCGUUUCAGUACCGUCCGGCAGUGUUGAGUGGCUUUUAGGUUGUAGGAAUAAGAUUAGUUUGACUACUGAGCGUCCUUCGAAGAAACGAAAGCUUCUGGGUGGUGAUGCUGGGUUGGAGAAGGUUUUGGUAGCUUCUUCUUGUGAUGGGAAUACAUCCUUGUGCCAUUUUUGCUCCACUGAUGAUUCGGGGAAAGAAUUUAACCGGUUGGUUUCCUGUAGUUCUUGUCAGGUUUCUGUUCAUCGGAAGUGUUAUGGCGUACAAGGGGAUGUAGACUCAUCGUGGCUGUGUUCACGGUGUAAACAGACUACUGAUAGUAAGGAUUCGACGAAGCCAUGUGUCCUUUGCCCGAAGCAGGGUGGUGCUUUGAAACCUGCUCAUAGAAGUGUUGAGAAUGACGACUCCGUGGAUUUUGCUCAUUUGUUUUGCUCUCAGUGGUUGCCCGAGGUUUAUAUUGAGGACAUAGUGAGGAUGGAACCGAUUAUGAAUAUUGAAGCAAUAAAAGAAACUCGCAAAAAGCUAGUGUGUAACAUAUGCAAGGUGAAGUGGGGCGCUUGCGUUCAGUGCAGUCACGGAAGUUGCAGGACUUCGUUUCAUCCCCUAUGUGCGAGGGAGGCUAGCCACAGAAUGGAAGUUUGGGGAAAAUAUGGUUCUGAUAAUGUUGAGUUAAGGGCAUUUUGUCCAAAGCACUCGGAAGUGCUGGACAAAGGCAUUACCUCUAAGUUGGCAUACCCUUCUGUAGUUUCUGGAAGUAAUUCUUAUUCCACGGACCAUCUUUCUAAGACGGGAAGUGUUAGCCAUAGAAAUGGAGAAAACAUUGCAGUCCAAUUAGAAGUGUCGGAUAUCAUUUCUGACAGGCAAGAUGGUGAAUCUCAAGAGUUGAGAUUGCUUGAUUCUGGAUUAAAGGCUAGACUCAUGUCAGGGUGCAAUGAGUCACAUCCACCUAAUGAUCUGGGGACCCUUGAAUGGAGCCACGAUGAUGUUAAUGUAUCCAACUCCUCAAAUUUUAAAUUAAUUUUGAAGAAGUUGGUUGAUUGUGGGAAAAUAAAUGUGGAAGAUGUAGCAUCAGAAAUUGGCAUCUCACCAGAUUCUCUGUCAGCCUCGCUUGCUGAUAAUACCGUAGUCCCUGAUGUGGAGUGUAAAAUACUUAAAUGGUUGAAAAACAAUGUGCACUUAUCUAGUCUACAUAAAAAUUUGGAAGAAUCUGAUGUUGCUGGUCCUGUAGCUGUUAAAUCCGUACCUCCACGACGUAGAACCAAAGGCAAUAUUAGGAUUUUAAACGAUCCCAAAAUGUUGCAGUCAUCUCAGCAGAUGUUUAUUGACAAAGAGUCAAUAGUGAACGAGGUCAAGGUAGAUCUACCGAGGGGAAAAGAACCUCAGAAAUCAAGUGAAUUAUCCAUUCUUACUGUUGAAAAGAACUUGAUUGAUCCUGGAGGGGUUCAACUUUCUACAUCAAUGAGGUUAAAUGAAGGUAGUCCAGUUGAACGUUCAAACUGCAACUCUCAACAAAGUGCUCAAAAAGAGGAGGUUUCUAUUCCUGAGGAUUCUUCUGUGAAUGCAGAUGAAAAUCCACCUUGUUCAGUUGCAGAUUUAGCUGUUCCCAGUCUCCUAAAAGCUGAUGCAGAAACCGCUCAUAGUUUCUAUAUCCAUCCAGAUAUUUGCAAGAAACUAAUGCAGAUGCAGAAUAAGGUCGAUGUAAAGACAGCUGGGGAAUUCGAGUUUAAUGAUGACUUUACAGGUUCCACAGAUGGGGGUAUGUCUCGUUUUGAGGUGCGCACUAAUGCCAGUGACUGUUGUAUCCACCCAACUAAAGAUUCAAGGUGUGGGAUGACUUGUAAAGCUGAUGGAGUGACUUUAGAAGAGUUAAUUUCUUCUAGGAAAACAGGAAUUCUGGACUUUUCUCCUAAUGACGAAGUGGAAGGGGAAAUCAUUUAUUAUCAGAACAGGUUACUGAGUAAUGCAGUUGCAAGAGAGCGAUUUACUGAUAAUUUAAAAUUUAAUGUUGCCAAGAGUCUGCCACAGGAGAUUGAUCUGGCUAGUGUGAACAGAUGGGAUGAUGUCAUUGUUACACAGUAUCUUUAUGAGCUUAGGGAGGCAAAGAAGCAGGGGAGGAAGGAGAGAAGGCACAAGGAGGCACAAGCUGUGCUAGCAGCUGCAACUGCUGCUGCUGCAGCUUCUUCAAGGACCUCUUCAUUUAGGAAAGAUGCAUUUGAGGAAACUACUCAUCAAGAGAACAUGAUGAAGUUGAACACCACCAGUGGGAGGUUUGGAGGUGGCUCUCAGCUGAUCCCACGGGCAAAAGAAACACUUCAAAGAGUGGCGGCUCCUAGGAUUUCGCUAGAGAAGCAAACUGAUUUUGCAGAGUCACUAGUAGAUUUCUCUAAAGAACACCCUAGAUCAUGUGACAUAUGCAGACGUUCUGAGACAAUAUUAAAUCCUAUCUUAGUCUGUUGUAGUUGCAAGGUCGCAGUUCACCUGGAUUGCUAUCGGAGUGUUAGGGAAUCUACUGGUCCAUGGUACUGUGAGUUAUGUGAAGAAUUAUCAUCAUCAAGAAGUUCCGGAGCUCCAGCUGUCAACUUCUGGGAGAAACCUUAUUUUGUUGCUGAAUGUGGGUUGUGCGGUGGCACAACUGGUGCUUUUAGGAAAUCUUCUAAUAGUCAAUGGGUCCAUGCCUUCUGUGCUGAGUGGGUCUUUGAGUCAAGAUUCAAAAGAGGUCAAGUAGAUUCAGUUGCAGGAAUGGAGACGGUGUCAAAGGCAGUUGACUUGUGCCUUAUCUGCCAUCGCAAAUAUGGUGUUUGCAUUAAGUGCAAUUAUGGCCAUUGUCAAGCGACAUUUCAUCCAUCCUGUGCCAGAAGUGUCGGUUUUCACAUGAACAUAGUAAAGUCUUCCGGGGGGAAGCAGCAGCACAAGGCUUACUGUGAAAAGCAUAGCUUGGAGCGAAGGGCUAAGGCUGAAACACAAAAACACGGAAUCGACGAGUUGAAGCGGUUCAAGCAAGUUAGGGUGGAGCUAGAGAGGUUACGUCUUCUUUGUGACAGGAUCAUCAAACGUGAAAAAUUAAAGCGGGAUUUGGUUUUUAGCUCACAUGAGAUACUUGCUAUGAAACGAGAUCAUGUGGCUCAUUCUUUGCUUGUUCAAAGUCCCUCCUGUCUUCAUGAUGUUAGCUCAGAAUCCGUUACAACAUCUCUCAAAGGCCACACAGAUGGUUACAAAUCAUGCAGCGAUGCAAUUCAACGUUCAGAUGACAUAACUGUGGACAGUACAAUUUCUUUCAAACGCCGAAGUAAAGUCUCCAGCACCAUGGAUGACCAUAGGACAGAAGAUGACUGCACCACAUCUCAUAACCAUUUUACCCGGAAGCACGUGGAGAGGCCACAAUAUUCAGGGAAACAGAUUCCCCAUAGACCUACUGCUACCAGUAAUCUUGUAGAUGAUGAUGGAGGAUGGAGGUCAAAGUUAAAAAAGCAAGAAACUUUUGAGAAAGAGCUAGUAAUGACAUCAGAUCAAGCAAAUGUGAAAAACAUGCGGUUACCUAAAGGUUAUGCAUAUGUUCCUGCUGAUUGCCUUUCAAAUAAGAAGCAGAUCAAUCAGGACUCUUGCUCUGGUGAACCAUUAGAGCCUGGUGGGUAGCAUAAGGGGCAUAUUGAGGUUGGUUUUGCUUUUGAUUUUUGCACGGAGGAUGAAAGAAUUCAAAUCCCCAUGGAUGUGUAUUUCCUACCUUUUCCUCAAGCUGAAUGGGAGACUCCUGAAACUGCAAUGCUUGUCUGAUUAAACACGAGGGGACUGUCGGGUUGGGGCUUUUGCAAGUGCAGCAUCCCAGAAAAUGGAAAGAUGUCAUCAGAUUGUAGUAUUAGCUGGGACGUUGUUGCAGCAUUGUUGUAUAUUCAUGAUGAGAAAUUAAUUGUAUAGUGGGAGUGGGUGGAGGAGGAGCAUGUUAUUUCAUUUGUGUUAGAAAGUCAAUGUUUCUUUCAUCGUGUUAAUGUUAUCCUUUUUUGAAGGAUCGAAAGAGGAGCUCAUCUCAUCUCCAGCCCAGAUCUGGUUGUAACAUUGUACAAGAAAAUCAAGAGGAUUAUAGAGAUCACCUACCGUUCCUGCUUUGUAAAGUUAGUGUAAAUAUUUAUAUUUUUUAAUUAACUAUGUCGAUCUUUAGGAAACUAGUUUCGCUCUCCUCUCCAGAUUGGAUUGGCGCUUUGAAAUUAUUUCCAACCAUAUUGGUCUCUUGAUUUUUUUUCUUUUAAUUUUAUAUAUAUUUAUAUAGGCCAA